AUGAUAUCAUCAUUAGUAGCUGCAGUUGACUGUGAAAUGGAUAGCAGCACGAGUCAGCAUUCUAAGAAACCAGCCAGCUGCGUGCCAAUACGCGACACGCAGCGCGAUUUUAAUGCAUUACCAGAAAAGGUUUUACUUGCGAUAUUUUCUUAUUUACCACAUGCCGAAUUAUUACGCUGUGCACGUGUUUGUCGUUUAUGGCGUGCUUUAAGUCAAAACUCAAAAUUAUGGAAAACUGUUUUUCUUCGGCCAGAUCAUCAUGGUUUACAUGUAAGAAAUCUUGAUCAAUUUCUUAAUUUAAUUGGUCAUCGUUUUUCAUUAUCAUUACAAUAUAUUGAAUUACCUAUGGAAUUAAUAACAGCUGAUGUUUUACAUGAAUUAGCUAAUAAAUGUCCAAAUUUAAAAUAUUUAACAUUAGAUUUUUCAACAGCUAUGCAAUUACAUGAUUUUAAUGAUUUAAAUGCGUUUCCAUGCAAUCUCAAAAUGCUUUGUAUUUGCUUAUCUGAAGUUAUUUUCCUUGAAGGUUUUAUGAGACGUAUUUAUGCAUAUUUAUCCUCAUUAGAAACUUUACAAAUUAUUGGUACUAUUGAAAAAUCCAAUGAAGCUGAAGAAGAAGUCUAUGAAACAAUUAAUAUUAGUAAAAUAAAAGCACAAACGCCAAAUCUUCGAGUUAUAAAUUUGUAUGGUAUAUUUUUUGUUGAUGAUAAUCAUAUUGAAAUAAUAGCAUCGGGUUGUAUUCAUCUUGAAUGUCUUGCAUUAAAUUUUUGUACUCGUGUCAAAGGUUCAAGUUUUAAGAAUUUAUUACAACGUUGUAAAAAGCUGCAAAGUCUUCUUCUUCAAAAUACUGGUAUUGAAGAUAAUGGAAUGUUAGCAGCUGAAUGGGAAUCAUCAUCUAUUAAUGAACUUGAUAUAUCAUCAACUGAAUUAACUGAAAACUGUCUUUUAAACAUGUUUGCACGAAUGUCAAAAUUCAAUUAUUUAGCAGUACCUAAUUGUGACGGUUUUACAGAUCAGGUUCUUAAUCAGCUAAUUGAUCAAGGUAAACUAACAAAUGUACGUGCUAUCGAUCUAAGUAACACAGUGAAUUUAAAUUUUGAAACUGUUUUCGUUUUACUUAAACGUCAUGGUCGACAAUUACGUGGUUUAUCUUAUGCUGGUAAUUCAAAAAUAACAGAACAAUUUUGGAUAAAUGCAAUAAGACACCUGAAAAAUAUAAGAAUUUUGGUAACUGGUACAUCUCAUGGCUGGUUUAAAAAGAUUAAUACACGUAUCCAUGUUGAUCAAAUCUUAGAAGCAUGUGCAUUAGAAUGUCAAAAACUUGAGCGGUUAGAAAUUCAAUGGGAUGAAGAAACAUUAAGAUGGAAUGAAAAUAGUUCAAAAUUUAUUGAUCAUAUUCGAAUUCGUUGUACAAAACUUCAUUCAUUAGUAUUAGCUGAUGGUGAAUAUUAUGAACUUGUUCGAUCAAAUUUUGAACGUGCUGAUCGUCAACGUGUUGUGCGUACGACGAAAACCGAUCAGACUAGUAUUGUUAGUCUACUAAAUUAUUAUAAUGAGCUACGUUUUAACUAA